AUGGCGGCUCAACGGAGGAGUCUGAUGCACAGCCAUCAGAGCUGGACAGAUGACCUCCCGUUGUGCCAGCUGUGUGGUGUGGGCACGGCACCAAACUGUGUGUACGGCCCAGAUGGCAAAGGCACUCAGAGUCAUCCCAACGAGGAUGGCCACUUCAGAUUCAGCACUGACUCCUGCUUCCUGUACGGGGUUUUCAAUGGUUUUGAUGGGAGUCGGGUUGCAAACUUUGUCUCCCAGUGCCUGACGGCAGAGCUUCUGUUGGGCCAGCUCAACUCCAGUCAUUCUGACGCGGAUGUCCGCAGAAUCCUCUCCCAGGCCUUUGAUGUGGUAGAGAAAAGUUACUUUGAUACCAUCGAUGACGCGCUGGCAGAGAAAGCUAACCUACAGGCGCAGCUUCCUGAGGGCAAACCUGUCCAUCAGUUGUCUCCACAGUCUCAGAAGAUUGCAGAGAGACUGAAGACCCUGGAGCAAGAAGUGUCUGGAGGGGCCACUGCAGUUGUGGCUCUUAUACUCAACAAUAAAUUAUACAUUGCUAAUGUGGGAACCAAUCGGGCUCUGCUCUGCAAGUACACCAGCGAUGGUCAGAACCAGGUGAUCCAGAUCGGCCGACCUCACACGACCGAUAACGAAGAUGAGCUCACUAGACUCGCCCAGCUCGGUCUGGACCCAGCCCGUCUGCGGCAGGCAGGGCUCAUUGCCGGCCAGAGCAGCACAAGGAGGAUUGGGGACUACAAGGUUAAAUUUAACUACACCGACAUUGAUAUUCUUAGUGCUGCCAAAAGUAAACCAAUAAUCGCAGAGCCUGAAAUCCAUGGGGGCCAGUCAUUGGAUGGAGUAACAGGUUUCUUGUUGCUCAUGUCCGAAGGGCUAAUCAAGGCUCUUGAGUCCGCCCACGGGCCUGAACAAGCCAAUCAGGAAAUGGUGGCCAUGGUAGCGGCAGAGCUGGCUCUGCAGAGCAGCCUAGAGGCGGUGGCCAAGUCGGUGGUGGAGCGGGUGAAGCGUCUCCAUCACGACGCUUACGCCAGCGGAAGACAGCGAGCCCCUCACUGCGCCCGGCACGAGGACAUGACCCUGCUGAUUCGCACCAUCAACUACAACCUCCCUGAUGGGUCGCUCACUCCCACGCAGGGUGGGCGUAUCUACCCAGUGUCCGUACCCUAUUCAAACAGUCAGAGCACCAGUAAGACCAGUGUCACUCUCUCAUUAGUGAUGCCAUCACAGGGCAGUCUCACCAAUGGAACAAACACAGCCUCCACGCUGGAGGGGGGCACCCCCACCCCUGGCCAGAGUCCCACCGCCACCCUCCAGUCCACCAACACCCAGACCCAGAGCUCCAGCUCCAGCUCAGGGGACGGAAGCCUGUUCAGACAGCGCGGGAGCCAGGCGGCCCAGCCCGACGAGACCGGCCGGGUCCCCCCGUACGUGGACUUCACCCACUUCUACCGCCUGUGGGGCACCGAGCACAGCGACGGCCAAGGGAUGGGUCCGCAGUGAAGGGUCGAGAGGAGUCGGAAUGGGAUGGCCUUUUAGAGAGGAAGGUCGCUUUCAGAAAAUAGCAAAUAUUUACAACUCUGCAUUCGUAAACAGAAUGUUUACAGAAGGUCUACAGUGUCUGUUUUUUUUUGAACGGGCUAGACUAUCAUACACGCGGCAUGUAAUCUGUUUCUGCAUGCGGUAUGUUGCAAAUUUGAUAUUUUCUGAAAGAUCACCAAUCAGCAACCAUGGUCAAAAUGACAAUGAGGCGCUGUUGGACACCGUGCCGUGUUUGUCAUAGAGAAAAAUUACUCCAUAUCCAUUUGAACUAUGAGAUUGAUUGUACUGAAAAGGGAAGUACACACCAGAUGUUUUCCAUCAAUAAUGUCUUUUUUUAAUUGUUUCUUUCUUUCUUUUACUUUUUUUUUUUUGUCAAGGGACCGACUUUGUAUGUUUUGGAUUUCCAAAACAUGCUUUCACUAGUCAGAAUUGAAA